UUUCGUGUGAAUUGGACUGGAAGAGCAGCCUUUUGUGAAUAACAAAACUGCAGAUGAUUAAUUGAAGCAAUGUGGAAGACCAAUGUGGUAAAGAAAAGAAUCCAAUGGCACCUGGAGAAAGAUGGCCCUUCUCAGAAAACUAAAUAGGGUCCUCUUGGGGCUGCUGAUCUUCAUGGUGUACAUCAUCCUGUACAGCCGGAUGCACAAAGGCGGGGUCAAGGGCGGGGCAGUGGAGGAGGAGAUGACGGAGGCGGACGACGACGUCCUGGUGGUGAUCUGCGCCGCGGAGGAGCGCAUGGGCGGCGCCAUGGCGACCGUUAACAGCAUCCGCAGCAACACGGAGGCCAGCGUGUUCUUCUACAUCGUCACGCUGCACGACAACGUGGCGUACGCCAGGCAGUACAUACAGAAGUCUGAGUUGAAGGACAUCAGGUUUAAGAUCCUGGAGUUUAACCCGACAGUCCUGAAAGGGAAAGUGAGACCCGACUCCUCCCGACCUGAACUGCUGCACCCACUGAACUUUGUUCGCUUCUACCUCCCGCUGCUUGUGGUCAAACACCGGAGAGCCAUCUAUGUAGAUGAUGAUGUCAUCGUACAAGGAGAUAUCCAGGACCUGUACAAGACCAAACUGCAGCCGGGCCACGCCGCGGCCUUCGCGAGCGACUGUGACCUGCCGUCGGAGGUGGUGCGCACCAUGGGCAUGCAGACGACGUACAUGGGGUUCCUGGACUACAGGAAGCUGGAGGUGAGGGAGUUGGGGAUCAACCCCAGCGACUGCUCCUUCAACCCUGGCGUCUUCGUCGCUGACAUCGAGCGCUGGAAACGGCAGAAGAUCACCAAGCAGCUGGAGACAUGGAUGCAGCAGAACUACAAGAACAACCUCUACAGCAGCGCCAUGUCAGGAGGGGUGGCCACCCCGCCCAUGCUGAUCGUCUUCCAUGGGAAAUACACCGCCCUCGACCCCAUCUGGCACGUCGGUCAUCUGGGCUGGAGCCCGGACACGGAGUACUCCGACGCCUCCCUCCACGAGGCCCAGCUGUUGCACUGGAGUGGCCGCUUCAAGCCCUGGGACUACCCCUGCGUGCACAUGGAGCUGUGGGAGAAGUGGUACGUCCCGGACCCCUCCAGGAGGUUCGCAUUGGUACGGCCCAACAGCUGAGAGAGACACAGAGAGAGAGAAAGAGGGAGGGAGAGAGAGGGAGAGAGAGAGAGGGGGCGGAUAUCCCUCCACAGCCACACUGCACUGUGAGUCUCUGGCUCUCUAACAGAAGAGGGCUGUUAGUUUACAGUGUUUUCCUCCUUCUCCUGCGGCUACACUCUACACUCUAUGAGGACGAGGGCUCGGCAAAUCCCUUCAUAUCGGACAAAACUGAAGGCUGGAUUUCCCCCGAAAACCAACCCGAAUGCCCGCAGUUCCCCCAAUGCCACCCAUCCGGAAACUUCCAGACAUGGGCUAUUGCACCAGUUGUGGAGAUGGAACACUUCCAUUCAAACUGCACAACACAUAAAAGCUGAGCUGGGCCAGACAGGGGGUGGUGGGAUGGUUACAGGUACAAACCAUGUUCACUUCAGCAUGAACACAACUUUAGUAUUUCUGGUACGUAAUAUAAAAUUAAGGUUUUAAGGCUAUGCCGAGAUGGAAGAAUUACGAGCAGGCUAACACCUAAAUAAAGUGCUGUUACAACAUC